CAAUGUGAGCCGAAGCUGGUAUCUCUCUCUCUCUCUCUCUCUCUCUCUCUCUAGAAUUGAAGGAAGGUCGAGACUCGAAGGCUUGGUGGUGUCUACAAAUGCCGCAAACACUGUUGUUCCUCAAACCUUUCUUUUCAGCUCCAUCCACUCUCAGUUGGAGUAAACCAAAAAUAUGUGGAGACUUUGUUGAUGCCAACAUAAAAAUCCAUAGAAGAGCUGAGGUAGUUUGUCUUGGUAUGCUGGCUCCAAGAAAGUUCUUGCAAAAGAGGAAGAAAAUAGAAGUUUUCAAAGAUGCAGCUGACGAAGCUGAUCAGAAGAACUGGAGGAAACUUAUGAAUGAAAUUGAGGAGGCUGGAUCUGCAGUUUCAGUGCUCAGAAGCCAAAGGACCAGAAACGAGUCACUUCCCAAGGACCUUGUUCUGGGGACCCUGGUUAGAUUUAAGCAGCUAAAGAAAUGGAACCUUGUUAGUGAGAUUCUUGAAUGGCUUCGGACUCAGCAUUGGUGGCACUUUAAUGAGAUGGAUUUUCUUAUGCUUAUCACUGCUCAUGGGAAGCAGGGGGACUUUAACAAGGCCGAAAGGGUUUUGAGCUACAUGACCAAGAAGGGUUAUGCAUCAAAUGUAAUAUCCCACACUGCUCUUAUGGAAGCAUAUGGAAGAGGAGGUCAAUACAAUAAGGCUGAAGCAAUAUUCCGAAGGAUGCAGUCUUCAGGCCCUGAGCCUUCUGCUUUAACAUAUCAGAUAAUUCUGAAAGCAUUUGCUGAGGGGGACAAGUUUGAAGAGGCUGAAGAGAUAUUUGAUACCCUUCUGAAUGAGGAGAGUUCACCUUUGAGACCCGACCAGAAAAUGUUUCAUAUGAUGAUUUAUAUGUAUAAGAAAGCAGGGAGCUAUGAGAAAGCUCGUAAAAUAUUUGCAUUGAUGGCUGAGCGAGGAGUGAAGAAAUCUGCGGUUACUUAUAAUAGCUUAAUGUCAUUUGAAACAAAUUACAAGGAGGUUGCAAAUAUCUAUGACGAGAUGCAAAGAGCUGGCCUUGAACCUGAUGUUGUGAGUUAUGCAUUACUUAUUAAUGCUUAUGGAAAAGCUAGACGGGAAGAAGAAGCAUUGGCUGUUUUUGAGGAUAUGCUUGAUGCUGGUGUCAGGCCAACACAAAAAGCUUAUAACAUCUUGCUUGAUGCGUUUGCAAUCUCAGGAAUGGUGGAUCAAGCUCGAACUGUCUUUAAGAGCAUGCGAAGAGACAGAUGUACUCCUGAUCUCUGCUCUUACACAACAAUGUUAUCAGCUUAUGUGAAUGCAUCUGACAUGGAAGGUGCUGAGAAAUUCUUCAGAAGAAUAAAACAGGAUGGAUUUGAGGCCAAUGUUGUCACUUACGGGACAAUGAUCAAAGGCUAUGCAAAAGUGAAUAAUCUUGAUAAGAUGAUGGAGAAAUAUGAAGAAAUGCGUUUUAGUGGUAUCAAAGCGAAUCAAACCAUUUUCACAACAAUCAUGGAUGCAUAUGGUAAAAACACAGAUUUUGACAGUGCUGUUGUGUGGUUCAAAGAGAUGGAAUCUUGUGGGGUUCUUCCCGAUCAGAAAGCAAAGAAUAUUCUCUCGUCUUUGGCGAAAACAGUAGAAGAACAAAUGGAAGCUAACCGACUUGUAGGGCAUAGCAAUUCUUAUGCCAAUGAUAAUGAUGAUGAUGAAGAUCAUGAUUAUGAUGAUGAUUAUGCAGAGGAGACAGUUUCUGUUGAAGAAGAUGAGCUGAUUGCUUUGAUUGGUGAUCAUCAACAUGAACAAGGUGUCCUACAUGCUGUAAAUUUUGAUGCUCUAUAAAAUUUUUGACAUUUUGAAUGUAUUAGUACACAUGGAGUACUUGGCUGUGACAUAAAAAUUUGAUGAGAUUAGUCCCAGAACAUUUUGUUGAAAUGAAAUCCUUCAAAUGUAUGUUACAACAUUUGAAAUGAAGUCCAGGUUGAUAGUGCAA